AUGAAGGAAGCAAGAUAAUCUUCUGGAAAUCUUUACUUUUGCUCUACUCUGAAGGUAAUUUGCUCCAGGCAGGAGAUUUUUGGGUGCUGCCGAAAUUUCGGAGAUCUGGGAAAAUGGGGUAAUAGAAUAACACGACACCAGCUCUUAAGCAGCAACAUGUGUUGUGGUUCAAAGCCACACAAAGAAAGCUACUUAAGCAGUUGAAUGUUUUGGACUGAACGGACAAGCGUGGUUCGGCUGCAAAGACUGCAGAGUGGAGGGAACUUCCAGCGUAGAGAGGUUGUUAAAAAAUGGAGUCGUGGAAGAUGAGCAUCUUUAAGAGACAGACAUCACCUGGUCCUCCGAGCUAUGAGAGAUCUCUAUCAGCACCUGCUUGUGCCAGUUCAGGGACAGGGGGAACAAGCCCGAAGAGUUACCCAUGGUGUGGUCCGGUGAAGAGCAAGAGGAAGAAGAAUGAACACGAUGUGUUCGGUCUAGGAAAGCCAUUGGGUGCUUAUCGGUGGCAAACACGUCCCAGCCUUAGGUGCAAAGGGGACACAAAGGAAAGUGUGCAGAAUAAUGAGGAGGACUUGGAUGAACCACCACAAGAGGUCCUGCCAAAGAUGGUUGGAGAUCACGCGGCUGCUUCUGCUCAUGAGGUCCUUGGAACACCAGCGGAGAAGGGGAACUGGGCCAGCACCCGGGCACUCCGGGUUCCGUUCAGCAGGUCUCUUUCGGAGCCAGAACCUCGCUGCAGAAACAGAUCUGUUAGGCCGUGGCCGACUCCAGCGGAGCCUGAGCAGCAGGGAUAUUUCAUCCGUGGCAUUUUCUCUACUCUUUCCAAUGGCUUCUCGAGGAUGCUGAGUCUAAAGGGAGAGUCAACCAAUGAGCCAGUAAGAGAAGAUGUGAAGGGGCCCCCCACGCACCGGCUGUCCUGCGGCCAGUCGCCCUACACCGAGACGACGACAUGGGAGCGGAAGUACUGCAUCCUCACGGACAGCCAGCUGGUGCUGCUCAACAAGGAGAAGGAGGUGCCGGCGGAGGGAGGCCCGGAGCAGCAGGCCGACUCCACCAAAGGGAGAUGCCUGAGGAGGACCGUCAGCGUCCCUUCCGAGGGCCAGUUUCCCGAGUACCCGCCAGAGGGCGCCGCUAAACUGGAGGUGCCCGCAGAGAGGUCCCCCCGCAGACGGAGCAUCUCGGGGACCAGCACGUCGGAGAAGCCCAGCUCCAUGGACACUGCAUAUACCUCGCCCUUCAAAGUACCAGGGUUCUUCAGCAAGCGCCUGAAAGGCUCCAUCAAGAGGACCAAAAGCCAGUCGAAGCUGGACAGAAACACGAGCUUCCGGCUGCCAUCCCUUCGCAAUACAGAGGACAGGUCCCGUGGGCUGCCCAAACUGAAAGAAUCCCGUUCUCACGAGUCCCUGCUGAGCCCGUGCAGCGCGGUGGAGUGCCUGGACCUGGGCCGUGGGGAGCCCGUCGCCGUGAAGCCGCUGCACAGCAGCCUCCUCGGGCAGGACUUCUGCUUCGAGGUCACCUACCUGAGCGGAAGCAAAUGCUUCAGCUGCAACUCCGCCUCAGAGCGAGACAAGUGGAUGGAAAACCUCCGCAGGACAGUUCAACCAAACAAGGACAACUGCAGACGAGCUGAGAACGUUCUCCGUUUGUGGAUCAUCGAAGCCAAGGACCUCGCCCCUAAAAAGAAAUACUUCUGUGAACUGUGCCUUGAUGAUACCCUCUUUGCCCGGACAACCAGCAAGACCAAAGCAGACAACAUUUUCUGGGGUGAACAUUUCGAAUUCUACAGUCUUCCACCUCUUCACAGCAUCACCGUUCACAUUUAUAAAGAUGUGGAGAAAAAGAAAAAAAAGGACAAGAAUAACUAUGUCGGUCUGGUCAACAUCCCCACAGCCAGCGUGACCGGUCGCCAGUUCGUGGAAAAGUGGUACCCGGUGAGCACACCCACGCCCAACAAAGGAAAGACGGGGGGGCCUUCCAUUCGGAUCAAAUCGCGCUUCCAAACCAUCACCAUUCUGCCUAUGGAGCAAUACAAAGAAUUUGCGGAAUUCGUCACCAGCAACUACACCAUGCUGUGCUCCGUCCUGGAGCCCGUGAUCAGCGUGAGGAAUAAAGAGGAGUUGGCGUGUGCCUUAGUCCACAUCCUUCAAAGCACUGGGCGAGCCAAGGACUUCCUGACCGACCUGGUGAUGUCCGAGGUGGACCGCUGCGGAGAGCACGACGUCUUGAUCUUCAGGGAGAACACCAUCGCCACCAAGUCCAUCGAGGAGUACCUCAAGCUGGUGGGGCAGCAGUAUCUUCACGAUGCACUGGGGGAGUUCAUCAAGGCUUUGUAUGAGUCAGACGAGAACUGCGAAGUGGACCCCAGCAAAUGUUCGUCCAGCGAGCUGCUGGACCACCAGAGCAACCUGAAAAUGUGCUGCGAGCUGGCUUUCUGCAAGAUCAUCAACUCUUACUGCGUCUUCCCCCGCGAGCUGAAAGAAGUGUUCGCGUCCUGGAAGCAGCAGUGCCUGACCCGCGGCAAGCAGGACAUCAGCGAGCGGCUCAUCAGCGCCUCGCUGUUCCUGCGCUUCCUCUGCCCGGCCAUCAUGUCCCCCAGCCUGUUCAACCUCAUGCAGGAGUACCCCGACGACCGCACGUCUCGGACUCUGACUCUGAUUGCCAAGGUCAUCCAGAACCUGGCGAACUUCGCCAAAUUUGGCAACAAAGAAGAAUACAUGGCGUUCAUGAACGAUUUUUUAGAGCACGAGUGGGGCGGCAUGAAGCGCUUUCUCCUGGAGAUCUCCAACCCGGACACCAUCUCCAACACCCCGGGCUUCGACGGCUACAUCGACCUGGGCCGGGAGCUCUCGGUUUUGCACUCCCUACUGUGGGAAGUAGUGUCCCAGCUGGAUAAGGGUGAAAAUUCCUUCCUACAGGCGACCGUGGCAAAACUGGGGCCUCUCCCUCGUGUUCUCGCUGAUAUCACCAAGUCUCUGACUAACCCCACGCCAAUACAGCAGCAGCUGCGGCGCUUCACGGAGCACAGCUCCAGCCCCAACGUCAGUGGAAGUCUGUCCUCUGGGCUGCAGAAGAUAUUCGAAGACCCCGCUGACAGUGAUUUGCACAAACUCAAGUCUCCGAGCCAGGACAACACAGAUGGCUACUUCAGGGGGAAGACCCUGCUGCUGGUUCAGCAAGCCUCCUCCCAGAGCAUGACGUACUCUGAGAAGGAGGAGAAGGACGGCAGCCUUCCGAACGGGCGGAGCGUCUCCCUCAUGGACCUGCAGGACUCGCACGCCGCCCCGGCGGACCACGCGUCCGUCAUGCUCGACGUGCCGCUGCGCCUGACCGGGAGCCAGCUGUCCAUCACCCAGGUGGCCAGCAUCAAGCAGCUGCGGGAGACCCAGAGCACGCCCCAGAGCGCGCCCCAAGUGAGAAGGCCCCUGCACCCGGCCCUGAGCCAGCCCGGCACCCUCCAGCCCUUGUCGUUCCAGAACCCCGUCUAUCACCUCAGCAACCCGAUCCCAGCCAUGCCAAAGGCCUCUGUGGAUUCCAGCCUGGAGAACCUGAGCACCGCCAGUUCCCGAAGCCAAAGCAACAGUGAGGACUUCAAACUCAGCGGACCCAGCAACAGCAGCAUGGAGGACUUCAGCAAACGGAGCACGCAGAGCGAGGACUACUCCAGGCGGCACACCGUGCCCGACAGACACACACCUCUGGCCCUGCCCCGGCAGAACAGCACGGGGCAGGCCCCAGUCCGCAGAAUGGACCCCGCCGGGCUGGGCGCGCGGGCCAAAGCCCCGCCGUCCCUGCCACACAGCGCCUCCUUGCGCAGCACCGGGAGCAUGUCCGUGGCCUCGGCGGCCCUGGCGGCGGAGCCCGCGCAGAACGGGAGCCGGUCCCGACAGCAGUCGUCUUCGUCCAGGGAGAGCCCAGUGCCCAAAGUGAGAGCGAUCCAGAGGCCGCAGGCGCAGCAGGUCCAGUCACCGGUGGACUCGGCCACAAUGUCCCCCGUGGAGAGGACAGCGGCCUGGGUUCUGAACAACGGGCAGUACGAAGAGGAUGUGGAAGAAGCUGAGCGAAAUCAGGACGAAGCCAAGCACGCUGAGAAGUACGAACAGGAAAUCACCAAGCUGAAGGAGCGCCUGCGAGUGUCCAGCCGGCGGCUGGAGGAGUACGAGCGCCGGCUGCUGGUGCAGGAGCAGCAGAUGCAGAAGCUGCUGCUGGAGUACAAGGCGCGGCUGGAGGACAGCGAGGAGCGGCUGCGCCGGCAGCAGGAGGAGAAGGACAGCCAGAUGAAGAGCAUCAUCAGCAGGCUAAUGGCUGUGGAAGAGGAGUUGAAGAAGGACCACGCUGAGAUGCAGGCAGUCAUCGACGCAAAGCAGAAAAUAAUCGACGCCCAGGUCCUAAAUGGAGAUGAGAUUAUCCAACCAGGAAAAACGGAUCGUGUCCCUGGACUCGGCCAACACCAGGCUGAUGAGCGCGCUGACGCAGGUGAAGGAGCGCUACAGCAUGCAGGUCCGCAAUGGCAUCUCGCCCACCCACCCCACCAAGCUUUCCAUCACGGAGAAUGGUGAAUUCAAAAACAGCAGCUGCUGACGGCCUCGGGGGCCAGCCAGGCCGUGGGGGGAGACGGGGGGAAGCAUGCCCACGCUCCUGCGCCCAGCCCUGCACCCGGCCUGCACCCAGCCCGCCCGGGUUUCCGGAAUGUCGCCACUUCAUCCAGAACAGCCGUGUGUGCGGCGAGAAGCUCCCAGAUGAAGGAGGAACCUUGGCUCCCAGGGCAGGAGGCUAAGACUUCCGAGGUGGCCGCUCUCCCCCAUGCCUCCGUGUACAUAGGGGACUGAGUUCUGGGCCGUGUACAGCAAACCCCCCCUGUAAUAUACCCACCCACUGGAAGUUAAUAAUGUAGAUUACCUUUUUAAUUAUUGCUAUUUUUAUUAUUGUUUUCCUCUCGUUGAAAGCACUGCAGUUGCGAAGAGAAGGCAGGUAGGAACCGUGUGUGAGUGAGAAGUGAGCCCCGAGGUUUAGUAGGUAGAAACCCAGUGUCUGUCUCCCCGUCUCUCUGUCCGUCUGCCUGGUAGAGGUGCACAGCGUGCAAUAGGACAUUGUCAGGAUGAGUUUUUCAGGGAUUCAUCUGCCAGUUAAAAACCCCACCCCCACCCCCUCGUCCUUAGGGAAACAUGAAAGUAACUAAGACCCAAACAGAACGUUUUACCCCACCGAUCGGCCAAGACCGGCUCUGGACGGACAGCCACUCCGAUUUGGGAGGCGCUGCUUCGAACCCAGACCUGCGCCCAGACUGGACCGGCCGAGCCGCGGCCGCCGAACUCCCGGUGACGCUCAUUCCCUUCCGUCUGCAGCCGCCGGGGAAGGCCCCCUUCAGACGGGGGGGCUCUUUUUCACCCCAGUUUUAAUAAAGGGUGUUCUUUUUCUCCUUUAGAGUUUACAGAACUAUAAACGUUUGUGUGUCUACACACCACCGUCACCUUCCCCGACCCACAGCCCUUCCCUCGCCCGCAUGGCGGCCCAGCGCCGCCCACGGGGCCUGCUCUCCGCGGCCAGGCUCCGCUGCCCCGCUGGCCGCGGGCCCUCCCAAACGGGCCCCCUUUCUUCCACGCAGAAAAGGGCUAACCACACCGUAGCAGGAAUCUCGGGGUAUUUGCUAUUUUAAGGAAAUUUCUAUGUGUGAAUUAUAAUUUUUAUUUGGGAUAAAGAGUUUGUUCAUUGUAUUAAGCGUAUCUCUAGGCAGGGUAACCUGAUCUCAACCUUUAACUUUUAAAAUGCUUCUUUCUCUAGUCCCCGCAGUAGAAUUUGGAAAGGAAAUCGAAACCUGAGGUGUCACUCUCUGAAAAGGGAGGAUCACUUCUGUAAAAAAAGAACCCCAGAAGUUCCUUUUAGGGGUGCAGCGCGUCCCCAUGCUCUCAGUGGGCAUGUCAGCAAUGCCCCUGUCGCCGGCUGUCAUCGGCUUUAUCGCGGGACAGAAACGGUCACGGAGGCCAGUUACCGGUUUCCUCUUUUCCGAAGGUGUGCGCAAUGUCAUCCUGAACGCACGCCGGAUGGUCGGAAGCACGGAGUGGUACCUGUUAGCCAUUACAAAUGCAGACGUGCCUACCUAUCUAGCCACACGCGUGUGCGUGUAACCGCACAGACAGGAAACGUCCAUGCCCUGCGUGCUGUGAGGUACGACGUUAAAAGGGUUUCGAAUGUCUUUAGGCAAGAUCUAAGCAGUUUCUAUUGAGAAAGAACACUUCUCAAAUAAGCUAUUGAUGUUUGUUUUAAAUCAUAAGCUGUAAGGAAGUGUUUUAAAAGGAAAAGGAGAGGAGGAAAUAGCACGACCCGAGGGAGCCGCGGGCGUGGAGUGGGUGUUUCUGCGGGACGGGAGUGCGGGAGGGAGCAGAGGGCAGGUGGCCGUCGGGGCCUCUUCCUGGCGGAGCCCAGGCAGCGGCACCGGGCGUCCCCUCCACUGUGCCCCAGCCCGCCUUCUGACGCCUUCGCCCCGCCCUCCCGCAGUGGGUCUUUGCGCCGGACCCCUGCGUCUCCACCACCUCCCCACGGCCCGACCCACGGCCCUUGAAAGCACUCCCCUCCGGCACACUCCCACCGGUGCCUGGCAGACACCUAACACGGGUUUCCCGUGGCGGGUGUCUGACCUGCAGGCAUUGUGCCCACGGGCCCAGUGCCCCCGUGCCCUCUGGACCCUGGGUAGUUAUUUUACAUACUCUCGUCUCUCCCUGCCACGCCGAGGGCACACUGGUGAAAUCACUUACUUUAAUGGGGAAAAGAAGUAACCAAUUCUGCAGCAGUGCCCGUCGUUGGGAGGGUGGAGUGCAACCACAGGUCCACCAGUUCUCAAGGGCCUAAGUGUGUAACCUGGUGCGGCCUUGCGUGAGGUUUGGAAGCUCUCGGGGGUUGGCUGUGGGUUACAGAGAGCCGAUGACCUCACCUGCGCUGCGGGGCUGGGGGAGGCACAGAACCUGGACUGUGUUUUUGGUGGAUGCAGUUUAUCUCGCUGGCAUGUGGGAGGGAGCUCCUGGGAGCUGCCUGCUUGGGGAGAUUAGAAGCUGCCCAAAUGUUUGGAUGGAUUGGGCAGCCCUCUACCGUCAGGUUAUCUCGAAUGAGGAGAGUAAAAAAACCAUAAAGGUAAGCUGCAAGUCCAGCAUUGUUGCCAGAUGUUAAAUUUUAGGUUAUCCUCUGAGCCUGUUUCUAUCCAAAUAUUUCUCUGGCUUUUUCUGUAGAGAACGCUGCAGUCCACAGAGCUUAUGCUAAAAGGCUUUUUCCCCUUACGUGUGGGAGAAAGGAGGCCGCAGCAGCCGCCUCUCUGUGGCGGUGUUGCUGAGCUGGCUGCCCCUCGGCCCAGGUGGGUGCCGGCCUCCGGGCUGCUGGGAGGAGGCGCCUGGCGGAGGAGCGGUGGGUUCCGAUGGCCGGGCCUUGCCCUUCCUCUACCCAGCACGUCGCCGCACCGCGGGGCGCAGCAGACGCCAGGGUGCUGUGGAAUCUGGAGGUGAGGGGACACGCUGGCUGGGUGCUUGGCCAGCCGACCACCAGACGUGGCCGUUCCCAAGGACAGUGCUGGUGGGGUUCAGGGAAAGAGCUUCAUGUCUGUCACUGGAGCAAUACGCUCUCUGGGCCAAUGCAGCGAAAAGAGUUAGAUUCCCAUCAGGUUACACAUUCCCGGAGUCUGUGCCAUGCGGGCCCUGACAGGGGAGCUUCCAACGAGGCAGCUGUGGCAGACACCCGAGCACUGCCUG